AUGGAAAAUUCGUCAACGCUGGUCGAGAUUGAAACCGAAUUGCACCAUUCUGUGUCUUGGAUCUUGCCAAUUACACUGCCCAUCCUCGUCGCUGCCUUUCUGUUGUCCCGCAGAACACCUUACAGUGCUGCGAGUUUUGGAAAACCAAGAUGGUGGUCACUAAUUCCAGGCCAAAUACCGAUGCGAUUCGAGAUGGAUAAAUGGGCUAGACGUGGAUACCGAAGGUUUCACAAAUCGCUGGGAAAGCCAUUCAUCGCCAAGGUCUUUGGACGGGAUUACCUUUUGAUGCCCCCUAAAUAUCUUGAUGAUGUACGCAAAGCAGAUGAAGACAACCUUAGUUUUGCGCAUUGUUUUAGCGAGGCUUUCAAUGUUCAUGUUUCCGCUGGAGAUGUCUACGCAUCGAAGAUCAUGCCCGAUGCUGUCAAACAGCAUCUCAACCCCCAGCUGCCGUCGCUAGUUGAAACCAUGAGGGAAGAAUGCGAGUACGUUCUCGAAGCAGAAUUAGGUAUCGGGAGCGAAUGGAAGACGAUCCAAGUUUUCCCCGUGUUCACGGAGAUGGCGCAUCGCAUUACAUCUCGUAUCUUGCUAGGCAAAGAACUUGCGCGCGACAAAGACUUUAUCCAAGAGUCACAACUAUUUAACCGGUCUCUCUUUGUUAGCGCCAUUAUGAUUAAUGGUAUCGCACUAGGACCAUUCAGAAACCUAGUGGCAUGGCUGGCAGCCACGCAGCAUCGAGUGCACCUCUCGCGCUGUACGAAGCACCUGAUCCGCCAAAUCGAAAAGGUGUGUAGCCAGUCCAAUAACUGCAACAACGCAAUUAAAUGGGUGCUUGAUCUCGCGAAAGAUGAUAAAAUAGAAUCCAACCCAGACCGGAUGGCGAAACAGUUGAUGCACCUUAUGUUCGCAGGGAGCAGUGCUCCUGGUGGUCUCGUUGUGCAGAUGAUCUACCAGAUCUUAAUGAGCCCGGAAUACCUCGAGCCAUUAAGGGCAGAGAUAACUCGCGCGCUUGAAGAAACUGGCGGAUUUACGACAAGUUUUACAUCGCGGACACCACUCAUGGAAAGCUUUGUACGCGAAACGAUGCGUUUAUAUCCUACUGGUGUUGUCUCAGUAACACGAGCUGUUAUGAAGAAGCCAUUCACUUUCUCCGACGGUUACACGCUUCCUGUGGGAUCGCGCUUCGCUUUCCCUAUUCAAGCGAUACAAUGUGAUCCCGAAAACUACCAAGAUCCCCUCACCUUCCGAGGUUUCAGGUUCGCUACUCAAGCCAAUGAGAAAGAAGUCAAUGCGUCCACAGUUGACAAAACAUUUCUCACAUUUGGCUAUGGCAGGCAUGUCUGUCCUGGGCGAUUUUAUACGAUUAGAUUAGUGAAAAUCAUCUUUGCCAAGCUUCUUCAUGAGUACGACAUUAAAUGGGAGGGUACAGUAAAGACACGUCCUCCAAACAUGUGCAUAGAAGUACAGAACGGACCCAACAUGGACGCCAAGAUUCAAAUUAGGCGGAGGAAUGUUGCUUCAGCAGGCAUCCCGUGCACAUGA